UUCAAAUAUAGAGCCUACAUUAGCUGUCACCAAGAGGAUUGGAACUGAGUCAGAAGCCAUUGCAAUAAAUAUUUUCUUAAUUCUCAACGAAUAAGGAGGAAAAAGAAACUAUGAGCUAAAUAUUAGAAGUAAAAACAUUUAUUUGACAGGUCUGACUUAGACCGUGCCAUGUUUUGAGUCGGUUCCCCACUUACAGAUCUUUGCCGCCAUACUGAAGUCCACCUAGGCCACGCCCCCUUCAUUGACGUCAAUAAUCUCGGCGCUAUUCAUCAAAUUUGUUUAGGGGAGGGAUUGGAGAAAAAACCGAAUAAAUAGUUGAGCGAUAAAAGCUCUCUAACGUAUAUUGUGACUUCUAGUAAUCGUAAAAAUUGACUGAUAAAUGAUGUAACAUGGCUAUAGACUAUUAUUGGGAUAUACUGGCUUCCUGUUUCUAAAUAAAGACUGCGCACAUCACUGGCACACAUUUAUUGACUUCGGUUUAGGAUAGUGUUCUGUUUCAACCAAGUCCACGUCUCACCUUUUAUCAAGGUCCCCCUUAUCACUUAGCCCUUAGGUGUACUAGAUACUAAUCGAAUUCUUUCUACCCUUUUAAACAUGGCAUUAAAGGAAAUAUGUUAUGCCCUUUUAAUUAUUUCUGUUUCUCGGGGAGAAGAAAUAUUUACCUCAAAAAUAUUCAUAAAAAAGAUAGACCCAACCUUUUUCAACUGGACUGAAAAUUCAUCUGUAAGAGGAUUUAAAUAUCGAGCGACACUUGCUAACAAUCCUGACUUACCAAGAUGGAUGUCUUAUCUAUACAGUGACAGGCAUAGAGCUGGUUUUAUUUUUGGUGUGCCUCCUCCAAAUCAACUAAAUUUUAAGCUUGACGUCAUUGGAAUCAAUAAAGACACUUACGAGACUCAACAUAGAACCAUACAUUUAAAUGUAACAGAAAAACAAGAUAUUGCUAGGUAUGAAGUUCAUUUAAAAGUAGAUAAUUUGAAUGUUCAAGAUCUCUUUGACACUCAUAGGUUACAGAAACUCUUAAAUAUAUUUAUGGAUGUGCUUUGGAAAUCAAGCAAGAAUUAUCUGUACGUAACAUUCCUGGCUUCAGCAGUGAAGCUUGGCGCAAGACUCCCACUCAUACCGCAGGAGGGAGAAGGGGUUGUAGUUCAUCUUGGUAGUAAGGAAGAAUUUUCAGAAGAAUUAAUGGAUUUACAAGAAGAGGUUAGACCAUUGUUGAAAUUCUCCUCUUGCCCUCGAGACUUUAAAAGAACCACAGUUGAUAGACACUUUAGAUCGCAAGGCUUUCUUCUUGACUGGUGCUCUUUUAGACUCGUGAAAUUAGACAGUGAAAGUGGUAAUGCUCAUUACAAAGAAGCAGAAGCUGAUAUAAUGGGAGGGUCAGGUUGGAAAUUACCAGACAAAUAUAAUUUACCAACAAGAGACUAUAUUUCUGAAAUGCUGAUGACAAUUAUUGUACCAGCAGCUACUCUUGUCAUCCUUUGGCUAUUCCUCUCUUUUGUGCUCUGUUUCCAACAUCAAUCAGUUAAACAAAAGUCAGAAGAUAAUGAGCUCACUAUAGCACAAUAUCAAGCUGUUCAACGGGCAACCGAUACUCUUCGCUCAAUGGAUAGUAAUAGAAACACAGAAACCAGUCCCAGAUUGACUUCAGACAGAAUGGAUACUUGUAGGCCCAACCCUCCUCCAUAUUCGGCAACCAAAAGAAUCAUGGCCCGAGGCUGUUCUGGUUCAGAGAGUGAAGAAGAAGAAAGGCAUGACAGGUUUAAAUCUGAAAGGAAUCCCAGUUUAGUGAAACCUUUGUUUAGAUCCUUACCAAGUUCCCUAGAUAAUUAUACAUCAAGAUCAAGGUCUCCUGUAAGAUCCAAUGCAUCCAAAAGUGACAGGUAUAGGGCAAAAAACAGUGUUGAUAGUAUAUUGUCUCGAAGGGACAGAAGCAGGGAAAGAAAGCGUAGUAGAGAAAGAAAGUCAUCAAGGGAAAGAGACCGGAAUAGUGGGAGCUCUGAGGAUAAAAAAUCCUACCGAAGAUCCAAUCUUGAAAAAAAAAUUGAUAAUGGACGAGAUCGAUAUGAUAAUGAAUCUAGAAAACAAAGUAGAGAAAUGGAUGGAAACAAUGAAAAAACAUGCAAAGAAAGGGAUCACAAAUGCAAAGACAGAGAAAGAAAACGAAAGAGCAGGGAAAAAGAAAGAACUUCGUGUAAUUCUAAACGAGAUAUUAAUGAAGAAAUUAGAGAAGAAAAAAACAGUAAAUUCGAAAGACACUCUAGUAACAGUGAUUCUGAUUAUUUGAAAGAUGAUAAUGUUGAUGACAAAGAUCCUUACGUUGAGUUAGAAGUUCCAAAAUUACCUAGGUAUUAUGAAAUAGUUGAUGAAUGUGUUGAAGAUUCUGAAAAAUCGUCUUUGAAAGCUGUAUCAGAUAACAAAUCUUCUAAAAAACAUAAAAGAUCUAGAGAUAAAUCGCAGAUUCAUCAUGAUAGUAAAAAGCGAAAAAAAGAAAAAAAACACAAGAAAAAACAUAAAAAGAGUGAAGGUGAUAGCAAAACUUUAAUGGCAACUGAAGAAGAUUCAUCAUCCUUACCUGAUAUCAUAGUUAUAGAUAACCCAAGUGAUGAAGCAGUUUCUGGAACUAACAGGAAGUCUGAUUCAGAACAAGAAGAAGGAGAAAUAUCUGGUAGUGAACCAGAACAGUAUUUUGGGCCAGCAUUACCCCCAUCAAAGACGAGUGAGGAAAAACUUUUUGGACCCAGUUUGCCAGGAGAUGAGGAUCGUUAUGGACCUGCUCUGCCCCCAACCAGUUCAUCAAUGGAGGAGGAGGUGCUGAAGGAAGAAGAUGAAGAAGGUGAGGACAUCAUUGGGCCGCUUCCUGUGAGUUAUGAGAAAGAGGCGAUUCAGAAAGUGCCCGCUCUUCCGUUCCAUAACACUAUUGUGUCGCUUGGGACACGUGGUCCAUUCUUGUACUGGCCGUUGUCUAUCGCCCCAAACUCACCGACAGAGGCAGAAGUGGUCAAAAGAGAGGAAUGGAUGAUCGAACUACCAGAUUCCAAGAGAACUCAACUUGGUCUUGGCUCAAGGAAGUUUAGGACAAAUGCAGCUCCAGACAUGUCUAAUAGGUCUUCUUGGACUGACACACCAAAAGACAAAGCAAGGAAACAACUGAUGGGUGAAGAAGAAGAACUUGAUACAAAGAUGCUAGAGAUAGCUGAGAGAAACAAAGAAAUGGAGUUGCUUUCUAAGAAAUCUGAAAAGAAAGAUAAGUCACUUCUCGAAAUGCAUCAAAAAGAAAUUAAAAGGAAGAAAAAGAAAGAAGAAAAAGAAAGAGGUGAUAGUAAACCAGAACGUCGUCCUUUUAGCCGAGAAGUGGAUCUACAAACAAAUAGAUUCGAUGAAGCACAGAAAAGAUCAAUAAUUAAAAAAGCACAACUUCUCGAUUCCAGAUUCUCUUCUGGGGAAAGCAAAUUCUUAUGACUUUUUGUUUAUGCCUCAAUUUUGUAAUAUUGCUAAUAUCUUAGCAAUUAGAGACUAAUAAAAAAAACCUGUGAUAAAAGAAGUAAGCCACAAAUGAAUAUUGUUCCAGUUAUUUAAGCAGGAUUAUUUUUAAACACAUUUUUAACAGCUAUUUACAUUGACAGUUUUUUUCUUACUAAAAGUAUCAUAACUUUGUAUAAAAAAAAAAUAAUGAAAUAGUAAGGUAUUAAGUUAAAAAUAUAUAUAUAUUUGUUCAGAGGAAAUAUAUUAUUUUAAUCAACAUUCAACAUACAUAUUUAACAUUAAUACAAUUAAUAAUAUGCACAAAUUUCGAAGUUACAACAAAAAUAGAAUGAUAAUUUUGAACUUGUUAAUGAAUAAUAUCCGUAUGUUUUAAUAUACUUAAUUUCUUUGUUAUUUUAUGUUAAUAGAUUUUACUUAAGAUACACUCAAAAAUAAAAUAUCUACAAAGAUAGUGUAUAAAAAUAAAAAAAGUUUUAAUUAAGAGGAACAUGUAACAAAUGUAUAAUCAUAUUUACAUCUUGUAUAAACAUUUAUCUGGCAUUAGAAAUUCACAACAAACAUAAUAAAUACUUAAAAUGAAGAUUUCAUGCAUCUGUUAACUAUACAUAAUCAAUGAAGGACAAUAUGUUCUAGAACAAAUAUAGUAGCAAGUCGGAUUGGAGCUGGCACAGGAUGAAGCUUUGUAACCCCACUUAUCCAGGAGUUUCAUUAGAUCGGAAGCACAGCACAUGUUUUCAUAGCCCUUACUACCCUUCACUUCCGGAUUUCGAAUACUGAUCGCUUUAAUUCUUACCCUUCCUACUGGAAGAGACUUUAGCACCUAAAUUAAAGAUAUAAAAUUGUUGGCAUUUUACUAAAUAAUCAGUUAUAAAAUAUUUCUGCCUAUAAUCCUUGUUACCUGAAGAGGUGCGGUAACUUCAUUGAGUGAUAAAAGAUCUAAAUGUGAUGUAUUAUAAGCUCUCAUAAGUGAAUACAAUGGAAAGCAUGGUAUAGCAGACAAUGACUCAUUUUCUGAAACAUGCUUGAAAAAUGCCUAGAAGAAAGUACAUAUUAUUUUUCUAUACAAGAGGGAAACAAUUUUAACAAAUAAUGAAAUGUUUGUAAAUAUGAUAUAGAACCUACAGACCUUUAUAAGUAAUAAGCUGUUAAUAUAGAUAGAAAUAUUUGUAUGAAUAAAAAUACUGCAAUACAUAUUUGUGAAUUGCAUCAUAAUGUAAAUACAAAUUAAUCUUAGCAUUUAUAUCUUUUUUUUUAAGUUCAUGUCUAGGAUUAAGUUUUGUAGUUAUGUGAUCACAUAACAGCCAGAUUAUCAAUUAUGGCUAAAGUUACAAACAUUUUUAAUAGCUGCUUGUUUAGAAAAAUCAAAUAUAUUUUAAGAAAAUGAUAUAUAAAUUAAAAUGGAUAUUGUUUAUAUAUUAUUUUUUUAUAAAUUAUGAAAUGAAAAUAAGUAUAAUGGUGGAAAUAUUGUUGAUAGUAGAUGAAGUAGUAGUAAUCAAUUGAUUUGCACCAGGAUUCUUAUGCAUUUAGUCCUGAUGGGCCAAAGCAUCAGUAAACAAUAAAAUAAGGCUUCUUGUUUGUUUGUAAUUUUAUUUAUGACUGCAAACCCAUCUAACUAUUACUAAAUAUUAUAUAUCUUACGUUGAAAUAGUGAGGCAAAUAUGAAAGGGAAAAAUUGUAGACUGAUUAAAAAUUAAAAAAUAUUUAUCUUUAAUGAAUUCGACUGAAAUAUCCUCUUCUCACUACUAUACUUCAAAACCUUAUUUUUAAUAAACAAUGCUCAUUAAUUUACAGAACAUUGAUAAUUAAAAUAGUCUGCUAAUGAAAAAGCAAUGUUAUUCUUAUUUUUACAGCAUUGUCCUUUGUAAACUAAACAUCAAAUCAGUUUUGCAAAAAUGUAUUCUCUUUUUCAUUAAUUUAGAUCAUGAGACUUUUUGUAAUGGUGAAAAUAUUAUUGGCUAUAGAUUAAAUAGUAACCUUUUUUGUUUGAAUAUGUGAACAUGGCAUUUAGCAUGUUUAAGUGAUGGUUAAUUUGGACUUUAUUUUGUGAAUAAUUGAAUAGAAAUAUAACGGAUAUGUAAAUGUAGUACUAAGUAAUGGAAAUGAUUUAGUUGAUUGGUUUUAGGCUAAAUGUUUGUAAUAAAUUUGGAGUGUGAAAUAGCACUAAAAAACUCAGGUGUUUUAGUAGUAAGGAAUAGCAAUGAACUGCAACUCCUAUUGUUAAUUAAAUAUAAAUAAUAAAUUAAUUGACUUAAAAAAAAAUCUUGUAACCUCCUCUAAAUUUAAUAUAUUAAGAGAGCGGCUAAGCUUGAAAUUCAUUCUCUCUAUCUAUAUAUAUAUAUAUAUAUAUAUAUAUAUAUACAUAUACUGGCAUUACCCAGCCAGGCAUUGCUGUAGCUCAGUCUGGCUAAAUGAAAAAGGAAGAAAAUAGAAAGCACACGUGUUUCAUACGUUUAAUUGUGUAAAUAAAUAGUUAUAUAUUUAAUAAGUUGUUUAAUUUUGUGGUUGAUUUUUUAAAAUCUUAAGCCUCUAAGAGUUCUUCACAGAAUGCUUUGAAAUUUUGGCCUAAAUUUGAAAUAUACCUCCUAUUAUAAAACAUUUUUUUUUUUUUCAAACAGCACCAUCUGCUAGAUGUAAAUCAACAUAUGCUGUUCAAAAUAUUUUGUGAUACCAUCUCAAUGUUUCAGAUAUUAAAUAUGGCAUUGUAUUGGAAUUGAACUAUUUAAUUGAUAUUGAUAUGACUAUAUAUUGAACUAUGAAAUAUUGGAAUACCCCUUACCACAAUAGCAUUCAUUAUGUGUACAUUAGAGCUUUCUUUCACCUCCACCGAACGAUUUGGCCCCUCCUAAGAUAUGUGAUUGCCCACUUCUUAAAAACAACUUGCAACUUAAUAGUCCAUGGUACAGACCUGUUUUUAUUGAAUUAUUAACAUCCGUCUGAAACUUCGUAAAUAGUUUAUUCUCAUCAUAACCUACUACUAUUUUAUUUACGAAAACUGUUGGAAUUGGGGCAUUUUCAAUCUGGAGGGAGACAAGCUUUGUCUAUUUAAUUAGGUACUAAAAACUCGUAAAUACACAUUUGCUUUCAACUUGGAUUGUAAGAUAAUUUGAUUACAAAAUCGAUAAAUAAGGUGGCCUACAAAAAUUUUGGGCCAUUUGUUCUAUGUAACCCUGUUAUUUUAAAAAUUUGGGGGCAUUCGUCAAGCCAAACGGCCAUCUUUUUUCUCGAUUUAGUGAUCAAAUUAUCUUACAAACCAAGUGAAAAGCAAAUAGGUAUUUACGAGUUUUUAGUACCUAAUUAAAUAGACAAAGUUUGCCCCCCUCCAGAUUGAAUACGCCCCAAUUCCAAGAGUUUUCGUAAAUAAAAUAGUUGUAGGUUACGAUGUGAUGAAGCUAUUUACGAAGUUUCAGCCGGAUGUUAAUAAUUCGAUAUAGAGGGGUCUGUACCAUGGACUAAAAAUGUAGAAUUAUAAAAACUGUAGUAGAAAAUAAACCUUACUCAUGAAGUAAAUAGAGGCAUCCAACUUCUCUUACCUGUCUGCUGACACCUGGGACUCCACGCAGGGGUGCAUAAUUAAUAUUUAGUUUCAAGGCAUUUGACCAUUCAGAACCAGAAAGUACUUGCUUAUUGUACAUAUAUUUAUUCGCUUUCGGGAUCUCCAUAAAAUGGCGAACUCCAAUGUCCUGUCUCCUGCAAUUCGCCCAUUCCUCAUACAAAUUUUCUCGUAGCGACUACCGUAGAGCUCUCAUAUUCUGAAUACCCCGAUCAAUCCCCAAUCUCUCGACACAUUCAGCAACCUCAGUAGAAUAAUAAAAAAUCGAUUGGAAAAGGGCAUCGGGCACAUUGGACAGUCCCUGAGCAAUGGACCAAUGUUGUAGAGGGGCCUUCGAUUGGCAGCAGAUUAAUCCUAAUCCUCGGUAUCCUUGUGGGAUAGUGGAUGAUGAACUAUGUAAUCUCUGCAGAAGUGCACCUGAAACUGCCCUUCACUUCAUAACGGAAUUUGAUCGAUUUGCGUCACUCAGAUACAGAUUUCUGGGAGCAGACAGAAUCCAAGUAUGCAAAGCUGUCUCCAUAAAAUGGUCCAACUUUUUGAACUUAAUUAGAAGAACAAAAAGGUUUGAGACAGAAUAGAGGUACAAUAGAUAACCACUGGUAGUAUCAAAUUUUUGGGGUUGGCAAAAAGGACCAAUAGGUCCACUUGCUGGACUAAGUCCUCCCACCAAUACCAGUACCAGUAAUCCUCGGUACCUCCAGGGAGCGUAUAUCAUCGCCGUGGAGGUGUUCGCAGGGAGUUCAAUAAUAGCCUUUACACUCCUGCGAGGGGCACAGUAUGGAGAAGGCAAGACCCAAGAACAGAUACUGAUGGACAAUGUUUAGCUUCUGCUCAGACUUAAGCAAACAAGAGGUUACCAGUUUAUCAAGGUUUUCGUUCAAUUUGGUCGCCGAAUCUUGUUUGAACUGUAGCUCUCCCGAGAAUGUGCAUCCUAAAUACUUGAUUGUAACUCCAUUCUGCAAUGUUUGGAUGUACUCUCCAUUCUCAAGAGAGAGCAUCACUGUUUUUUGAGGAUUUAUAGCUGAACCAAUUUCCUCAAACGUCCUCUAAACGCUGCCGAUCACUCUUUCUACAGCCCCCUUGUCACGCGCCGGCUGAUACAGCCUGAUCAUCCGCGAAACCUGUGAGGAUCACACAACCUUGGUCACUUUUUAACUCACAUCCAAAUUUUUUGGAAAAUUCUUCAUCAUAUAGAUAGAGAUGGUGGAUGGCCAGGUUGAAGAGCGACGACGGCAAGGGACCACCUUGGGGCACUCUGCUCAGCACUUUGAUUUAGCUAAAAAGGUCUUAAAACUCAGCUAAAAUCUACAGGAUCUAUUGCUUAAAAUUAAGUUAAAAUAAAUAAUGGUAAAAAAGUUAAAAUCUAUUUUAAAAAAAUAAAUAUACAUACACACGCCCAUUGAAUAAAUAAAUCAAUUGGUAAAGCUGAAUAAAUAUAUAUUUUUUUAAAAAUAAUAAUUAAUUAAUUUUAAUAAUUAUGGGUGAUAAAUAUUCAGGACGCAGUUUUUUAAACACAUUUUUAAUUUUUUAUUUGUGCCAACGUUUCAACCCAAACAUGUGGGUCAUCUUCAGGGCUGAAAAUUUGAAAAUACAAUCAGAGAUAUAAUAUUAUAUGACCGAUAAUGGUAAAUAAUAAACUAUAGUGGUUGAUGGCACAUAAAUCUUAACUAUUAUUACAAUAUUAAAAAUGUAAAAAGUUAUACAAACUAAAAAUAAUGUAUAUAUAUUUAUAAAAAUUUGUAAUAUUUUCUCUUACUAUCCAUGGUUGAGCACUGAAGGCUUUCAAGUACUGACACAUUUGGUAGGUAAGGGGAGGAUUUCCCAGUUGUCCUUUUUCAGAUGGCAAAAGGUAGUUAAACAUAGUCAGAGGGGGAGGGAGGUAACAUUUCUGUUGGUAAAAUGUAAAUAGUGGGCGGGGUGGCCGAAUGGGCUAAAGCGUGUGCACUGCACCGCCGUUGCCUGACAUCCUGACAUAUGAAUCAAAGAUAUAAAAAUAGUCACGAGUUCGCGUCCCGGUGCCAGGGGAGUCUUUUAAAUCCCCGCCCACACUCCCUGGCCCGGGAAAAUCCCAUAUAGCCUUAACGGCGAGAAAGGGAAGGACCCAAAAAAAUAAAAUAAAAAAAAUGUAAAUAAUUUGCUGAUUAAAUAUUUUAGAUGUGUACAAGAUUUGUGCUGUAUCUUAUUUAAUAAUUAUGCUAACAAGUGAAUAGCCAAUAUUCAUUCGAAAGCAAAAACUAUUUUUAAAGACGUAUUACAGCAAAUAUGUAUAUAUAUCUUUUUUAAAGAAGAGAGGAGAGAAAAAAAAACAAUUAAUAAAAUAAAGGAACAGAUGAAUUGACUAACAACAAAAUAGGUUGGGCUCUUUCAAUGACAGCUGUUUGUAUUGAUAAAGCGACACUGACCUUGCUGGAGGCGACUGCUGAGAAUUGUUGGGGGCCGACAAGUAUUAGGCUGCACAAAGGUAAGCACCCCGUUCCCACUAGCACACUGAUUCCUUUGCCUUCUGGUCCUGGCGAAAAUCUUUUCUCCAAAUUCAAGAAGCAGACAUAUGGACCACUACUUACGUGACAAAAAAUUUAAUAGACAAAGGGAAUUAGAAAAUGGGUUAUUUCGAGUUUAUCAGUUCUCAAAAUGGAAAAUUCUAUUCCGAGGGAAUGGAAAAGUGGGAUAAAUAAACUUAUUUUUUUUUUAUAAUUUGUUUUUUUGACUGUCUAAGUAUUAUUAUAUACAGUCAACCAUGAAUCCACAAUUAAAAAAACUCCAAACAUUUUUAUAUUCUCAAGCCUAAUUUAUUUACAGACCUCUGGUUUGUGCCAUUUCGUGUAUAUUAUAGGGCCCUAAAUGCAAGUUUAUUUUCGAGUGGAUAAGUAGUCAUGCCAAAGAUAUCAUAACUUUGGUGAUUUUAGAAAAAAAAUUGCAGGCCUUGGUGAAAAUUUGAAGUAAAAAAUAUGUAUUUUUCAAUUACAAUGAAAAUAAGUGUUGGAAGGUUUAUUGAGAGGAAAAAUACAAAUCUCAAUUUUGUUUUUUCUUAAAAAAAUAUUUGAACCAUAAAUAUUUGCUCCUACGGCUGGUACAAACUAUUAUAUGUUGGAAAUAAUUCUUAUCAAUUACAAUGAUUUUUUACUUUCCUAUAUAUAAUAGCUAAGGAAAGUAUGGCGAUUGGGUCAAAUUUCCGAUGUAUGGUUUUCGACAGAUCUGUACAUUUCAGAGAACCUUGAGUACGAAAAAUACAUUUUCAGCCAUUGGUCUUUCUGUGCCAAGAUUAUCUCAGGAACUAGUAAUAUGAUUUAGUUGUUUCUUUUUUUAUUUUAUAAGGCAUUACUACUAAUGCCUGUGACACAAAUUGAGUGCUCCUGCGCAAUAAGUCCGAAAACGCAUUUUAGCAUGGUUUUUUUUUUUUUUUUAAAUGUGGUGAAGUUCCCUACAAAACUAUAUAAAAAUUGUUCAUUUCAGACAACUAGUAACGAAGAUACAGCUAUUCAAUUUAUUAUAAGUUCAAAUCCCGGUGACAGGAAGGAGAGAGAGAAAAAAGGAAAGUAAAAAAAUCUAGAGCCCAGAUCACAUAAGUUUGAUUUUCCUUUACUUUUAACAGAAAUUACUGUCUGACAAAAAGUUUUUGAUUAGAAAUAUUAGAGUGUAUUGAAUUUUUUACACUGAUCUUCCACAACUGGUUUACAUUGCUUUAGUUUGUCGAAUUAAUCGUACUCGAAUCAUUUCUUUGAUCAAUUUCCAGGAAAAUAAAUCUAAUUCAUUUUUUUUUUUUUUUUUUUUUUUUUGUUUCUUAAUGGACAUAAUAUUUAAAGAUAUAAAAACUUUUUUGAAAUAGGUAGGAUAGUUGUGUGAGUGAAUCCCCCCACCCCCCAAUUUGUUUUUUUUUUUAAUCUGUAGGGAAUUCAGGAAGCUUUAAAAUAAUUAUGGGCAUAAUCUAGCGAAAGUUGUGUACUUUUUGAGUUAUUCCAGAAUAUAUUUCUGAAUCUAUCAUAACUUUUUUUUCAUCCUCUUUUCGGAGAAUCAUGUUAUAUACAUCAAUUAAAAGGGCUUCAAGGAGAAGACUUUAGACAAGUUUCAUUAAAAUUAUAACAGCUGUUUAGGCUCUACAGUCUAUAACGGCCAUAGAGUAUGAAUGAAGUAGAUUGGGGGGCAUGGAGGAAAGAAGUAAAUGCCCAGUUACUACCACUGCAAGGGUACUAAUACUCCCGCUCUUGGGGUUUUUCUUCCUAUAAAACACAAUUUAACAUUCAAAUCAUCUGAUUAUUUUAAUAUUUAUUUAUUUUUUAUUUUUUUAUCAAAUAUUGUUUCUUCAUGGUUUCAUUAUAUUUUAAGAAAUGAGUAGGAGUGUAGCAUUUAGUUUUACAAUAAAAAGAUGAAGAAUUUAUUAAUGAUCAAAUGUUACAUAUUUUUAAACCUUUCCUUAAAAGUGUCGUUUAUACCCACUCAGAAAAAUAUUUUAAAAUCCAGUACUUAAUCCAUUCUUCACUAAGGUUUUUUUAUACCUUAUCCACUCUUAACACAUUUAUACCAUUUUCAAGAAAAUUGUAUAAAUAUGUUAAGUCCAUUAUAUAAAGUGCCACUUUGGAUUAGCCGAUUUUGAUGAAAAAGUUGCUGUAACAUUCCAAGCAUAUAAAAGCCUUGAUCUAACCAUUGAUAUAAAGUAGCACGAUUUUGAUGAAAAAGUUGCUACCACAUAAAGAACUUUUCGUUUUAGAGCUAGAAUGUUCACAUAAACACAGAACAUUUUGCGGGACUUGGUUAUUUGGACUCAGAGGACCACAAAACGUGUAUUUCUGUUGAAAACUGAGAUUCGAAAAUUUUGACAAUCGCAAUACUUACCUUCACUGUAUAUAUUAUAUACAGGUAAGUAAAAGUAAAAAUUGAAGUAAACAUAUUUUUUUAUUGCAAUGAAAAUUCCUAUUUGAGGGUUUAUCAAGAUGCAUUACGAAUCUCAACUUUGUUUCUCCUUAAAAAAAAUAUUUGAACCCACUGUUACUCCUAUGGCCAGUAUAAAUAGUUAAAUUUCGGAGAUAAUUCUUUUCGAUGGUUUUUUUUUUAGCAUUUUGCAGGGAAUUCAGGAAGCUUUCAAAUAAUCAUGGGUAUAAUCAAUCAAAAAUUGUGUACUUUUUUAGUAAUUCAGAAAUAUAGUUCUGAAUCCAUCAUAACUUUUUUACCACACUCUUAUUGCGGAAGAAUGCUAUAUAUAUAAAUUAAAAGGACUUCAAAGAGAAGACUUUAUCCAAGUUUAAUUAAAAUCGUUACAGCCUUUUAAUCACUACAGUCUAUAUCGACACACGGUUUUCGGCCGCCUUUCCUAAACAAAAGGCUGGAGGAUAAUUAAAUGUAUAAAAAAACACUCCCAGAUCCGAUAGAAACGUUAAGUCAAAAUUUCGAAGCAAUCGGUGAAGAAGUUUAAGAGAUUAUCUGUUUUGUACAAAUGAACAAUUACAUUUGUGUUUAUCUAGAAAGAAGUGACACUGCCAACCACUCUCAGGAUUAUAGGCAAUCAAUAACUAAAAAAAAAUUAAAUUUUAGAUAUUCCAAAAAAUUGUCUGUAUCGUGUGCGAAACUUACAUGUUUAGGAUAAACAGUUGGACUGAUACAAACUUGAGCCAAAUGAGAUUUACUUCUUUCAAUUUUAAGCAGGUGAGCAAAGUUGUCAGGAUGGGGUUGUGUUAACAGACCUCGCCAAUUUUGCACUCUCUCUAACCAUUCGGUAUCACCUGAGCCAUCAGAGCCACAUUCCAUAAAGACCCCAUAUUGCUAGAAAAUAAAAAAUAUUAUUCUCUCUCUUACACUAUCAUUUAUAGAGGGUAGAAGAAUAUGUAUAACCUUCCUCUGAAAAAUUUUUAAAAUCUGUACAGAUGGUUUUCCUGUAUAAUUCUGUUGAAGUGGAUAAGCAAUUGGAGGAAUAAUGUAUUCAUUUUUAAUAAGUUUGAUUAAUUCAACUGAAUCUUGGGGUGAUUCUUCAAAAUCCCAUAUAUUGCUUGCGUUGAAUUCUAUAUAAUGUCGCCCAACUAACAUAACUACAAUAAAUAUACAAUGACACAAUGUACUUACAAUAAUAAAACAAAUAUAUAUACCUUUUAAGUCCGUAGAAAGAAUCAAAAUGGUCAUAACAACUGUAAACGUAGUAAAAAAUGCACAUAGCGGCAUUGACCAUUGUUUAGAAAAUAUAAAAGGUAAGUAAUUUACUAUAUGGAUCAUUAGCAAGACCAACAAAGUGAAGCAAUACGAACUAUCCAGCAGCUUUACUAAAACUGAACAUCUGACAAUGAACAAAGUGCGCCUUUCACGAGUGGCUCACUCUUUUAUCCACAAAAAACUUGACACAGGUAAAUAAAGGGCAAGUUCCUCACUAAACUCAGCUACGAACUCAUAGAAUCCAUCUUUAAACUGGGCACGACACCAUCGAUGAGCUGAGCGCUGAGUUUAGAAACUUACCCAAAUAUUUACAAAUCGGUAUCAUUGGUGGUUAUGGUUUAGUUAGGUUAUUUAGAAGACCGUUGGGCGGGUUUUAAUGGGUUUGCAUUUUCUUUCCGACUCUUGAUACACUCUAAAUCUUGAGUUUUCUACCUAAUAACUAAAACAAUGAAUAUGAAGGAUCACAUCGAUAGGAAUAUUGUAGUGGAGACCAAUGAUGGGGUUAAGCAUGAAGGAAGUCUAUAUACUGUUGAUCCUGUUUCUGAAAGGUAGAAUUUGCGUAUUUUAACCGAGAUAUUAUUACUUUAAUUAAUUGUUUCCUUUAAGGAUUUGGCUUACAAUGCUUUAAGUAUGAAAUGAGAUAUUAAUCAGUAGUUUUAUUGUAUAAUCUUUUGCAGUAUCUUGUUGGUCACCAAGAAGGAAAAGGGUUUUUCCAUUGAAUUGAUUUUUAAACAUGCUAUUCAUAAUCUUAUAAGUGUUGGAGAACUGAAUCCAGUAAAACUUGGGGAAGAAGAGAAAAAUGUUGAAAAUCUAUCUGUUAUUAGAGAAAGGCUUAAAGAUUGGCUUUCCAAGAAUUUAGUACCAUUUGAAGAAUCUGGUGAAUGCCUCAAACUUGCAGGACAAUUAACUAUUAACCCUCCUUAUGGUAUAGACAACUGUAUUAGUUCUAAUGAAAUGGUUUUAUGCAAAAUUCAAAAAUUAAUAGAACGAAUGCCUUAUUUUGACUGAUUAUUACAUUUAAAAUAAAAAUUCCCAUGAUUUUAUGUGUAUAUAUAUCAAUUUCGUUAUUAAUUCUGAUCAGAUGUAUUUAUAUUAAUAAACCAGCUUAUAUUAUUUAAUUAUUGUGGUUAUCCUCAUUCAAAAGGUUGUAAUUUUGAUUUGUAUCCUAUUAGUAGUGUUACUGACAUAUCAAAAGUAACAGCAAUAUAUCAUUACCUACACACAAGUUUUUAGAUACAGAAAUUAUCAUUGCAACAUAGUUAAACUAGGUAAAUUUAAAUAAAAAAUAAAAUACUUUUUUUGUUUUCAUUUUUGGUCUCCUACUGUACUUCAGAUCAACCAUUUUAUGGAAAAGUAAUAGUGUUUUCAGGUGAAAUCAAAAUAGAAAAUUUUCUGUGAGAUAAAUAGUUAAUUAAUUAUUGAAAUACACUUUUAUUAAUUAAAAUAUAUGUUUAUAGAAACUGACAAUCAAUACCUCAUAAUAUGAAGGCAAGGAGGUUAAGAUUGACAGAGCCUGUUGCUUGGAGCAAUCCGCAACAAUGAAUGAAAAAAACUUGCUUUAAGUUCUUUAUUUCUUCAUUGUAACACUGUUAUGGUGAUCUUUAUGAAAUAUUUUCCUCAUCUUAAUAAUUUUUAUUUUAUGAACCUCGAAUAUUAUACCUAUAUUUUAAAGAUUUUAGUUGUCAUACAUUGUAAAAUAUUCAAUAUAAAUUUUCUUGUAAUUUUUAUAGCCAGAAAGUGUUGACAACAGAUUUAUUUUCUUCUAUUAUGAAUGAAAUUUACUAAUAGGCAUAAAUAAAAUUUGAAAAUAAUCCUGAUACUGGGUACUUUUUUAUUGAGUUCCUGUCUUUUGGGAUAAGGAUUUGUAAUAUUAGUUAGCAUUUAUAAUUAUUUUUUUUAAAUUUAACACCAAUAGUCACAUUGUUUUACUCCAAUUAUUUUCAUGAAAACAUAAAUAUUAGAAUAUAAAAAUAGUUGGUGAACUAAUAUUAUAAGGUCCAUUUCCCAUAGUUAAGAUAGGUAAGCUAUCUACACUAGUUUACUAUCACUCUCGGUAACAAUUCUUAAUUUUUAGUCUUUGAAGAAACAGCUUUAUUUCCAGAAUAAUUCAAUAAUGUAACAAAAUGAGAAUUAACAAGGCAUAGGUCCUUUUGGUGACAAAAGCUGAGGAGUGAUGGAGAGCAAAUUUUUUUUUUUUUUUUUUUCUAAUAGCUUAUUUAUUGAAAUAUAUUACAAUCUGUCUCAGGGACAUUAAUAAUAGUGUUCACAGAGAGCAAAUUAAAAAUUUUCAUUAAAAUGCAUUUUAUAUUAUUGCCAGAAUUAUGAAGUUUUAUUUUAAGUCAAUUUGUUAAUUUCAUUAUUACUUCUUUUAAAGGAAAAUGUCUAGUGAUACCCACAUUAAAUAUUUUAUUUUUAUUAUAUAAGUGUACUUUCAUAAAUAAUUUAUUACUAAACAUCUCUGGCCUCAUAAAAAAAAAAGAAAUGAAAGCUUUGUAAUAAUUGACA